UUCAGCACCACUGUGGUCUCAGCAGCAGCGGCUUAGAGACUAGUGUUGUUAGACCACUGUUGUGCAGGAACAGACAAGGCAUAGCUGAAAACCACCAGCGGAACAAAUGAAAACGAAAACUACGCUUUAAUGUGGAUUAAUACAGGGGCAAGACACUUAAUCGAAGCGAGACGCUCUUUAAGCGAAUUUGGACCGACUGACGAGGAUUGGGACGUUCCCUUCUGUAUGAUAGCACCGCCGAAUGGUUUCUCUUGCCCUGCCGCUAAGGUUGCUGGCUAACAGAAACGGCCAAUAAUGCACAGCAUCUGCUCUGCAGCCACACCCACUUCCGGUUUGUAGAGGAAGCGGCUGUGCCAGCAUGUCCUCUCAUCCCCAGUCGGUGCCGCCGGGCCGGAGGACUGUGGACACACGGCACCUGCCAAACCCAGCCAGUCUACCCCUGCAGCUGCAACGGGCACACACGGAAGUGGGACUGGUUGACUACCACUCUCAUCAUGCCAGGGACUACAGCUCCCACUUGAACCAGCCCCAUCGCCGCCGGCCCUCCUUGCUUUCGGAGUUUCAGCCUGGGAAUGAGAGAGGACAAGAGCAGCAUAUUCGCUAUGAGCACAUGUACCUGCAAGAGGCCAGCAGCCAAUCAGAGGUGGAGUAUGGAGAACUCAAACGCCCUCGUUUAGAGAUGGGACCAGAGUCGAUGAUGAGGCCUUCAUCCCACCGGCCACAAUUGCCUAUGGGAGGGUCUGAGGAUAUGGGAAAGGACCGUGGUAGUGGAAUGGGGAAGCUGGAGCCAAUCUCCCCUGUGAGCCCGGUCCAUAUGGACCCUGACUUGGAUCUGGUGCCGGCUCGCUUCUCCAAGGAGGAACUGAUCCAGAACAUGGACCGCGUGGACAGGGAGAUCACCAUGGUGGAGCAGCAGAUCUGCAAGCUUCGCAAGAAACAGCAACAACUAGAGGAGGAGGCUGCAAAGCCACACGAGCCAGAGCGGCCCAUCUCACCGCCACCCAGCGAGGCCAAGCACCGCAGCCUGGUGCAGAUUAUCUACGAUGAGAACAGGAAAAAGGCAGAAGAAGCUCACAGGAUACUGGAGGGACUGGGACCCAGGGUAGAACUGCCUCUGUACAAUCAGCCUUCUGAUACCAAGCAGUACCAUGAGAACAUCAAAAUAAACCAGGCAAUGAGGAAGAAGCUCAUCUUAUACUUCAAGAGGAGAAAUCAUGCUCGUAAGCAGUGGGAACAGAAAUUUUGCCAGCGCUAUGAUCAGCUGAUGGAAGCCUGGGAGAAGAAGGUGGAGCGCAUCGAAAGCAACCCGCGGCGCCGAGCAAAGGAGAGCAAGGUGCGGGAGUACUACGAGAAACAGUUUCCAGAGAUCCGCAAGCAAAGAGAGCUCCAGGAGCGCAUGCAGAGCCGUGUUGGGCAGAGAGGAGGUGGGCUGACCUCUUCUGCAGCUCGCAGUGAACAUGAGGUUUCUGAGAUCAUUGAUGGCAUAUCAGAGCAUGAGAACACAGAGAAGCAAAUGCGGCAGCUGGCGGUCAUCCCUCCUAUGCUGUUUGAUGCUGAGCAGCAACGCAUCAAGUUCAUCAACAUGAAUGGAUUGAUGGAUGACCCCAUGAAGGUGUACAAGGACCGGCAGGUUAUGAACAUGUGGAGCGAGCAGGAGAAGGACACUUUCAGAGAGAAGUUCAUCCAGCACCCCAAAAACUUUGGUCUGAUUGCGUCUUUUCUGGAGAGAAAGACGGUGGCGGAGUGUGUGCUCUUUUACUACCUGACCAAAAAGAAUGAAAACUAUAAGAACAUAGUGCGGAGGAACUACAGACGCAGAGGAAGAAGCCAGCACGGCCAGCAGCAGCAGCAACAGCAGCAGCAGCAACAGCAGCAGCAACAACAACCAGUGCAUCGGGGCAGCCAGGAAGAGAAGGAGAAGGAGGAGAAAGAGAAGGAGGCAGAGAGGGAUGAAGAAAAAAAUGAAGCUGAAGACAAGGAAGAUGGAAUGAAGGACGACACCUCUGGAGAAGAUGCAGAGGACAAAGAGCCCACCGUGGCUUUUAAGGGUCGACGCACAGCCAACAGCCAGGGGCGACGCAAGGGCCGCAUCACCCGCUCGAUGACCAGUGAAGUGGAGGAGACCACCACACCGCCACUCAACAAUGAGCUUGCUAAUCUGGAGAUGAAUGAGAGCUCUCGCUGGACUGAAGAAGAGAUGGAAACUGCCAAAAAAGGCCUUCUCCAGUAUGGUAGGAAUUGGUCCGCCAUCGCCAAGAUGGUGGGAUCAAAAACCGUGUCACAGUGCAAGAACUUCUACUUCAACUACAAGAAGAGGCAGAAACUGGAUGAGAUUCUGCAGCAGCAUAAAAUGAAAUCGGAGAAAGAGCGAAAGGCCCGCCGUAGGGGCAAAGCCCUGCAGAAUGAGGAGACCAGUGCCCCGUAUACAGCAGAGGAGGAGGAGAUGAUGGAGGGAUCAGGAGCCAGUGGCAAUGAAGAGGAGGCCCCUGAAGAUGGAGAAGGUGGAGCCAACAACAGCUCUGACACAGAGAGCUUGCCCUCGCCACACUCAUCAGAGGACAGCAAGGCUAAGGAAGAAGGCUCGGGCAGGUCAAAGGCCAGCUCCACCACAGGGGACAAAGAGGCGUCCGGGUCAGACAUUGGCCAGGCAGGGGAUGAAAAGCCGCCAGUCAAGGAAGAUGGAGAAUCAGCCAUCAAGCAGGAGAUAAAGACUGAGACAGGGGAGCCCAACAAAGAUCAGCUGCAGCCAACACCACCCAGCGAUGCCAUAGAUAAAAAACCUUCUACAGCAGAGAUGGAGGAUGUCAAAAGCUCCACCAAGAGCUCCAAGAAGCACCAUGGGCCAAAUGCAGGUUCCCGUGACAGUGACUCUAGUGCCACUUGCAGUGCUGAUGAAGUGGAGGAGACCGACACAGACAAAAACAGAAUGAAUUCUCCACGGCCAAGUCUUCUAAACUACGCUCAUGAUGGAGUCAUAUCCUCGACACUGCAGAAGCCCAUGGACCUGAAACAGCUCAAACAGAGGGCUGCUGCUAUACCACCUAUUAUGCCAGAAGCCUCAAUGCAGGGCGGUCAGCGGAGUGGAGGUGGUAAGGCAGUGCUGCCCCCCCACGCCCUGGCAUUGUACCAGCAACAGAUCACCAUGGCUCAUGGGGAGUCCUCUCAGGAGGUCAAAAUGCUGCAGCAGCAGCAGCUUUCAGGCCAGCCAGGCAAGCAGCAGCCAUACACCUCGCAGGCAGACGGAGACAGGGAGGCUCUUCACAGUAGCAGUCCUCGUAUUCACCUGCACAGCCCCUCCACCAGCGACAAGGAUGAGCUGGAAGGCAACGAGAGGUGGUUACUGACCCUCCUGCAGGGAUUAAAAAAGUCCCGGGCUUUCUCUCCACACGGUGAAGCCAAGAAGCAGGCACUGGGCCCUGAUGACAUGAGGACCUCCAACUUGGGUCGACCAGUGCUGUCCCGCUACCCCAUGUCCCCGCGAGACAUGGCCAAGAUCACUCACGACCAGCAUCUGCUCCACUUCAACUCGUUCCAGCAAACAGGCCACCCCUCCCUUCCUAAUCUGCCACAGGACAGUGGGAGACUAGCAGCAGUGAGGCCCGUCACCAUGCCAGAGCCUCCGCCACUCAUUUCCUCCACCAAGCCAGGAGGCUCCAUCACACAGGGCACGCCAGUGCAGUUGCACAGCCCAGCUCAUGGGUUGGACCACGGGAAAAUGACCCCCACACAGAUGGGGUUGUCUUGGAUGGAUCAGAGGAAAGUGGCAGGUCCUUUCCCCGUGAUAAAGCAGGAACAGUUGUCACCUCGCAGCUUGUCCUCUCAAGGUGACAUGUCAACCCAAGGCUCGCCGCAUGAUAGUGCUGCUGGACGUGGUUCUAUUCCAGCUGUUCAGGGGGGAAGUAUCACUAAAGGUAUCCCAGGGACCAGAAUGCAUCCAGAUUCCUCAAUCUCCUAUCGAGGGGGUUCCAUUACUCAGGGGACACCGGCUGAUGUGCUUUAUAAGGGAACCAUAACCCGCCUGAUCACAGAGGACAGCGCCAGCCGUGCUGAGAGGGAACGGGAUGAGGCCCUGUCUAAAGGUCAUGUGGUCUAUGAGGGCAUAAGUGGGCACAUUCUUACAUAUGACCGCCCUCCUUCUCAGCCCCCUAAAGAUGAGGGCCGAGGCCCCGGGCAGUCUGGGGAAAUUCUAGGCCUGAAGCGUCCUUAUGACAUUAUGGAGGGAGGCAUCUCUAGGGGACUGCCUAUGAGGGAUUCACUGUCGGCUGCCAACUGUGAAGGUCUGAUUGGUCGAGCCAUGCCUCAUGAUAGGGACAGUCCACACCACACACCUUACAAGGAUGCUCAUCACAUCCGUGGUUCCAUCUCACAAGGUAUACCUCGUCACCUGGACCCUCAGGAUGGCUACCUGAGGAGAGACGCUAAGCAGAUGAAGCGAGAGGGCUCCCCACCCCGUGGGCCCGGUUCACUUUCCGACCCAAUGAAGGGCAGAGAGACCAUGGUGCCUACGGUGAAGGAGGCUGGGCGCUCCAUCCACCUCAUUCCUAGAGAGGAGCUGAGACAACCUACCAAGGAGGUCAUCAUAGCACAGGGAACACCUAUGAAGCAGGAGGCAGCUGCUUCAAGUAAACGUCAUGAUGUCCGCUCCAUCAUAGCCAGUUCACCACGUUCCUACCACAAUGCAACCUCCCACUUGGAGAUGCGUGCUGAGAGGGGCCGCUACGAAGAGGCACCAAAAGGACGGCCUAGCGCAGUGGUCAGUACAGCUAGCACGAUUGCACGCUCUUCUCCGCUUACAUUGGGGUCAGAGCAGGGAAGCAAGACCCAUCAUAGUCCAGUGGGCUACGAGGACAAGGGCGCCUUGAGGGCCCCUUACCCUGGGCCUUCGCACCGUGGUUCCCCUCUGUCCAGGGAGGCAAGCCAAAGGCAGCAUGACGGUUCCAGUAAGAAUCCUUCUCAAGAGCGCAAAGCCACACCAACCCCCAGGGAAAUGAGUGCCACCAAAUCACCACUCCAAGGUGUUCCAGAUCAACAGACCUAUGAGCGUCUGCUGCAGGGUCUUGGGGCUGCGGAUGUUUACCGUCAAAUCCCCAUAGCCUUUGAUCCUGCGUCACUGCCCCGUGGCAUCCCCAUUGACCCAGCGGCAUACUACUUGCCUCGUCAUCUAGCACCCAACCCGGCCUACCCUCAUCCCUACCCCUACCUCAUUCGAAGCUUUCCUGACACUGCAGCCCUGGAGAACCGCCAGACGCUGCUCAAUGACUACAUCACCUCCCAGCAGAUGCAUCAGUGGCCUGCAGCUGCUGCCAUGGCCGCCCAGCGCUCAGACCUGCUGAGGGGCCUUAGUCCACGAGACCAGCCCCUUCCUCUCUCCUACUCAGCAGCCCCACGCGGGAUCAUCGAUCUUUCUCAGGUGCCACACUUACCUGUCCUGGUCCCUCCUUCUGCAGGGGCAGCCGGCUCCCCAAUGGAUCGCAUCACGUACAUUCCCGGGGGGACCACCAACUUCCCUGGCAGGCCUUACACCACCUCCCCCAUCUCACCUGUUGGGUCCUCGCACAUAAACAAGAUGCAAGGCACAUCUUCAGAACGUGAGCGUGAAAGAGACCGGGAACGUGACCGAGAGAGGGAGAGAGACAGAGAGCGAGAGAGAGAGAGGGAGCGUGAACGCGACCGAGAGAGAGAACGGGAGAGGGACCGGGAAAGGGAAAGGGACCGGGACAGAGAGAGAGACCGAGACCGAGACAGAGAGCGUGACAGAGAGAAGGGCGGGUCUCUUGGAAAUGUGGAGCACGCACCAAUCUGGCGACCAGGUACAGAGCACAGCUUGGCAAGCAGCAGCAGCAGCAGUGUGAGACCUUCCUCCCAAACGUAUAGCCACCAGCAUUCCCCAGUGUCUCCUCGCACCCAGGAGAACGUGCAGCAGAGGCCAAGUGUCCUGCACAACACUGGGGGCAAGAGUCUUUCUGUCAGCGAACACUCCAGCCCAUCUGUGUUUCGGUCCAUGUCCUCUGGACCGGCCCGCUACCAAGGUUACCCUGGCCACCUCCAAAGGACAGGUUUGCCCCCUGAGGCCUACCCACCUGCCAUGGACUCAAGUGGAGCCAAAGAGCAGAGUCGCGAUGGAGGCAAAGCCAGAGGUGGUCUACCUAAGCACGUGCAGGACCAGCACGGGCCCUCCAGUAAAUCUGACCCUAAGUUGUCCUGCCCCAGCCCAGGAGGAAUGUACCCAGGUUCCUAUCCCUCGGCUUCAGGCCGGCCCCAGCACCUGCUGCCUCCCCAGUCGGAUAACCCUGGCCGUGGAGAAAGCGGUACACCUAGUAGGGAAAAGACUCAAAACAAACCGAUGUCCAUUCAGGAACAAGAGCUCCGAGCACUCGGUAAGACCACAAUGACUGCGGCCAACUUCAUAAACGCGAUUAUUAUGCGUCAAAUUUCUUGUGAAACGGGGAUGGCAGAGACGGGCUCGCUUGUUGCCAGCUGCGCCACUGAUGCUCAGCAGAAGAUGGAGCCACACGGUCUGUACCGUCCUCCAUCUGAGGAAAGACUGUCCCCAGGCCAACAGCCCCCAUCCCCCUGUGUUAAAGGCAGCCAGAGGGUGGUCACCCUGGCACAGCACAUCAGUGAGGUGAUAACUAAGGACUACACAAGGCAGAGCCAGCAGAGCCAGCAGCAGCAACAGCAGCAAAGCUACCACGGCUCGCCUGUUCUGGAUUUGACCCGUCCACUCAGUGCCUCCAAGCCCCCACCCACCUCACAGGACUCUGUCCAAGGGUCCAGAUAUCCAGAGGGCCUUGGUGGAGAACGCAACAGAGACCGGUCUCCUCCCCAGCCCAAGACAUCGCCUGUUAGUGUUUCAAAUGAUGGCAUUGAACCAGUGUCUCCUGCUGGAGCCAGCUCUGAGCCUGAGGUCCAGGGAGGGGCCUCCUCCUCCAACGAACAGGGGGAGCAAGGAAUGGGCUCCCGUUCCCCUCACAAUACCUCCCAACCUCCAGCUUUCUUCAGCAAGUUAACUGAGAGCACCUCAGCUAUUGUGAAGUCAAAGAAACAGGAGAUGAUCAAGAAGAUGACUGUGGUGGGAAAUGAGGUUGAUUUCAAUGCUGGUCAGCCAGGAACCGAGAUCUUCAAUAUGCCGGCGUCUACAAAUGCAGGACCUAUGAAUGUCCGCUGCCACCCAGCUCCAGAGACACCUGGUAACUCAAUAGGCCUGGAGGCCAUUAUAAGAAAGGCCUUAAUGGGCAAAUACGAUGAUCAGUCGGAGGAACGCUCUCCAUCCAAUGCUGCUAACCAGAUGGGCUCCGGUGUAUCCGUUGGUAUGCCUGUAGCCGACGGACGUGUUGAAGACUUUUUCUCACAAGGUGGGGGAAAGUCCUCAAAGGGCAGCGGGCGCUCUAAUGGGCGCAAGGCCAAAUCUCCAGGACCAGGCCUGUCAGGGGGGGAGAGACCAUCCUCUGUGUCCUCAGUCCACUCUGAGGGAGACUGCAACAGACGAACUCCUCUUACCAACCGUGUCUGGGAGGAUCGGCCUUCAUCCACAGGUUCAACUCCAACUCCCUUCCCAUGUAACCCGUUGAUAAUGCGUUUCCCUAGCGGGACGGUGUCCGCUCCCUCACCCUCCUCCGGCCAGCUGGGGGGUCAGGGCACCGGGCCUGGGCCUGGACAGGGCCGGACCUGGGAGGAGGAGCCCAAGCCUCUGCUCAUGUCUCAGUACGAGACCUUGUCUGACAGCGAGUGACCCGGAAAUCUAUUGUACCACCAGACCCGCUAACCGUUAACAAACGCUGUGCUGCUGCAGCCACACACACACAUACACACACACACCUGCAGACCUACCCUACACCAUUCCACUCUGCAUUUCCUCCAUCAGUCGUCAAAGCAAGGAUUGUGUUCUUCUCUUCUCACACACCUGAGACGCCAAGCAGCGACGAGCUGAGACACUG